ACCAUGUGGGUCCUAGGAAGUGAACCCAGGUCCUCUGCAAGACAGGCAGUGCUCUUAACUGCUGAGCCAUCCCUCCAGCCCCACAGUCAUACUUUUUAUAUUAAUCUACUACAUUGAUCUAUGCAACUGUCAACAUUCUACUAUUUGAAAUAAAAAUAUAUUGGAAAUUCUCCAAUAUUAGUGUACAGGGAGCCUCUUGAACAUUUUAAAAAAUGUUACAGCACAAUUUCAUGAAGGCUGAGUUUGCACCUUGGUCAGAAGCUACCACCAGGAGCUCCUGAGAGGCUUCCUUGUCCCUCCCAGUCCCUGCCUGACCGGAUUUUACAUAGAUGGAGCUGGUCAGAUAGCUUGACUGUGUAGCCAUUUUGAUUGAUGACUCAUUUAUCUUCCAAUCCUGGAAUUUUCUUUAUUUAGCUCCCUUGGUGCCGAACUGAUGGACCUUAGGUUGUUUAUAAUCCUGGCUAUUAGAACCAUGGGAAGGAUGCACAACCUUGUGAAUGAGAUGUACCUAAAAGUAGUUUCUUCUUAGACGUUCACACACACACACGCACACACACACACGAUCACGCCAGUUGGAUGCCGAGUUUUAACAGCAUCACCGUCCAGCUGCCCUUGUUUAGCCUAAUGAGGUUUUAGAGUGGGAUUCCAUUUCCUUAAAACAGCAAGUAUCCUUAGAAAAGGCUAAAUAAAGAUGUGGACUUGGGAGGCUCGCUGGCAUCUCCGAUAGCUGUGUGGUAGAGGAGAAGUCACCCGACCUCUCUUACCCCCCAUCUCCAAGGAAACAACCAGUUCCUGCUACUCAGAGCUGUGGUAAGGAGAGGGGCCCUCCUUGGAGUGAGUUUUCGAGGGGCCCAGAAGAAGCAGCCGCGGAAGAGCUUGCAGGGCAGCGAUCUGGUCAUGUCUUUUGGAGAGCAGUGUCCUUGGUACUUUUGCACUUUAUAGAGCAGGUUCCUGUGCUAGAAAACAAAAAGGAGGGAAGGUAGAAGAGAGGAGAGAAGAAGCCUGGAGAAGAGAGGGGAAGAGAGGAAAGAGGGCUUCAGGGCCCAUGUGAAGUCUACCAUUCUUACUUUGAAGAUCAGAGACACUAACUCAAAUCAAAGCAAGAAAAAGCCAAGGAGAAGGAGAUGAGGGCCGCCAAGGAGAGCCGUGCCCAAUGAGGUUCUGAUUUCACACAGCCUCCCUUCCUCUCCUCUACCCAAUCUGCUCCUGCCCCACAUCCUUGCUUGGGGGCAUCCUGCAUGUCCCUGGUAGUGAGUUCAAGUUCCUGCUUCUACAGGGCCUGACGACACUCCCCCUCGCGGGCCCUGCUCCGCCUAGGGGAGGCCCGGCGCCCCCCAGGACCGCGCUCUGCUGGGCUCCCCUCCCAGCGCUGAGCACUUGGCCCUGGCAGACGCCCCAAGAUUGUUGUGAGGAGUCUAGCCAGUUGGUGAGCGCUGUAAUCUGAACCAGCUGUGUCCAGACCGAGGCCCCAUUUGCAUUGUUUAACAUACUUAGAAAAUGAAGUGUUCAUUUUUAACAUUCCUCCUCCAAUUGGUUUAAUGCUGAAUUACUGAAGGGGGUUAAGCGAAACCAGGUGCCGGCGGCAAGGGCUCUGCAGUGGCUCCCAGCACCCAGCACUGCCCCAGCCCUCGGUGCAGUCCACUCAGCCCCUCCGGAAUCAAGCCGCCCGGGUCCUACGGCAGAGCCUGCCUUCCUCGAGUCGCCUCUCCUCCCGCGCAUCUUGGAUAUGCCAGGAUUAAAAAGGAUACUCACGGUUGCCAUCUUGGCACUAUGGCUUCCACACCAUGGGAAUGCACAGCAACAGUGCACAAAUGGCUUUGACCUGGACCGCCAGACAGGACAGUGCUUAGAUAUUGAUGAAUGCCGGACCAUCCCUGAGGCUUGCCGUGGGGACAUGAUGUGUGUCAACCAGAAUGGCGGGUAUCUGUGCAUCCCUCGAACCAACCCAGUGUAUCGAGGGCCCUACUCGAAUCCCUACUCUACAUCCUACUCAGGCCCAUACCCAGCAGCUGCUCCACCAGUACCAGCUUCCAACUACCCCACCAUUUCAAGGCCUCUUGUCUGUCGCUUUGGGUACCAGAUGGAUGAGGGCAACCAGUGUGUAGAUGUGGACGAGUGUGCGACAGACUCACACCAGUGCAACCCUACCCAGAUCUGUAUCAACACAGAAGGAGGGUACACCUGUUCCUGCACCGACGGGUACUGGCUUCUGGAAGGCCAGUGUCUAGACAUUGAUGAAUGUCGCUAUGGUUACUGCCAGCAACUCUGUGCAAAUGUUCCUGGAUCCUAUUCCUGUACGUGCAACCCUGGUUUCACCCUCAAUGAGGAUGGAAGAUCUUGCCAAGAUGUGAACGAGUGUGAAACUGAGAAUCCCUGUGUUCAAACCUGUGUUAACACCUAUGGUUCUUUCAUCUGCCGCUGUGACCCGGGAUAUGAACUUGAGGAAGAUGGCAUUCAUUGCAGUGAUAUGGAUGAGUGCAGCUUCUCUGAGUUCCUCUGUCAACAUGAGUGCGUGAACCAGCCAGGCUCAUACUUCUGCUCGUGCCCCCCAGGCUACGUCCUGUUGGACGACAACCGAAGCUGCCAGGAUAUUAAUGAAUGUGAGCACAGAAACCACACGUGCACUCCGCUGCAGACUUGCUACAAUUUGCAAGGGGGAUUCAAAUGUAUCGAUCCCAUCCGCUGUGAGGAGCCAUAUCUGCUGAUUGGUGAUAACCGCUGUAUGUGUCCUGCUGAGAACACUGGCUGCAGAGACCAGCCCUUUACCAUCUUGUAUCGGGACAUGGAUGUAGUAUCAGGACGCUCUGUUCCUGCUGAUAUCUUCCAGAUGCAAGCAACAACCCGCUACCCUGGUGCCUAUUAUAUUUUCCAGAUCAAAUCUGGCAACGAGGGUCGAGAGUUCUACAUGCGGCAAACAGGGCCUAUCAGUGCCACCCUGGUGAUGACACGCCCCAUCAAAGGGCCUCGGGACAUCCAGCUGGACUUGGAGAUGAUCACUGUCAACACUGUCAUCAACUUCAGAGGCAGCUCCGUGAUCCGACUGCGGAUAUACGUGUCACAGUACCCGUUCUGAGCCUUGGGCUAAGGCCUCUGACACUGCCUUUCACUGGCCCCGAGGGCCAGGAGGAGAAGCCCAGCAAGAAUGAGAGCAAGACAGACAUUGCACCUUUCCUGCUGAACAUCUAUCUCUCUGGGGCAUCAGCCCAGGAACCUGACCCCUACCUGCACUCUUGCCAACUGUCACUCUGAAGGACACCCUGCCCCUAGUUCCCACGAUGCAGUUAUCAAAAAGUAUUCUUCUUGGCUCCCUGAGGUGAGGUUGCCCGUGACGCUUCAAGGCCUUCCAUUUAUUUCCAUCUUUUUUUCAAAGAAAAUAGGUUUGCUGGGGUUUGAGUCUGUGUUCUAAGACUGAGUGGCUUGUUCUCACCUCUUCUACUCCUUGCUCCAUCUCUUGCUGCAUUGCUGCUUUGCAAAAGUCCCCAUGAGCUCAUGGGAAAGGCUGGGUAUCGCUAGUUUGCUUCUUGUGUGUGUUGAAAAGGCUAUAGAAACACACCACAGCAGGAUCAAAGGUUUUUAAAGAGUCUAUUUUAAAACCAGAUCUGGUAUGUUCAGCAUAAAAGAAGUUUUUAAUUGUCCUUAAAACUUGUAUGACUAUUUAACCGUUUCUUGUGCAUUUUGAGUUUUUAAAGUGGUAGAAUUCCUUCCAAGAGCCUCAGAAAUGUGUUAUGUUCUGUCUCCCAACCCCAGCCUUCCUUCCAUCUUAGCCCAGUUUUUACGAAGUCCCCUUAAUCAUGCUGUUUUAAGAAUUUUUACUCAACUGGGCUGGAAGACAGAGGUAUCCAGACUGAUUAAAUAUUUGAAAAAAAUCUUGUGUUUG